AUGUUUUAUUAAUUUCGUUAAAAAAUAUCCUAUUACAAUAAUUUCUUUGAACAAAAUGGAGUAAAUUUUUGGAUUAUAGAAUUUCAGUCAAAACAUACUUAAAAAAAUUAGGAUAUUUUAGGUAGGAAUAACAAGAUUGUAAUUGGAAGUACUGAAUCCACUAAUACUAAAUUUAAAUUGAUUGAUUGUUAUUUGUUCUCUUUUGAAACAAUCUGUCUUCAAAAAAAAAAAUUUGAUGUAGAUAUUCCAUUUGAAGAUUUAAAAACUAUAUAAACGAUGGCAAUAUUUAAAAUUAAAUUGGCUUUUGGAACAAAUAAUUAAAUAAAUAAAAUAAAUAAAUAAGUCAAUUCAGAAAUCAUUUAUUGA